AUGUUUAAACGGAACAAUGGUAGACGCAGUGAAACGGACCUCCGACUGCGACGGAGCUUGGAGCAAUCGAGAAAUCUAGAGGCCACAAGAAGUCUUGCAUUCGCCCGCUCAAGUGAGCAGAUCUCCCGGAGACCAUCUUCACCAACUCCAGAUAUACCCCAGAUUACCACUUCAUACACAGAAAGCCAUGUUGUAAAGCCAAACCCUCGCUUUAGUCUGAUGCGGUUCCGCCAUGCCUCGGACUCGGCGAUAGGGCAGAAGGCUAGAGAUUCAAACCCACCUCCCGUCCCAACCACACCCGAUGCUCUAACACUUACCCCUUCAAUCAUUACCACAGCUCCCACGAACGAUUUUGCCCCCCCGAGAAGACAAAGCACGAUGAGGCUGUGGCGGCAAAAAACUUUGGAUAGCAAGCCUUCUAGCAGUCCGGCUGCCCUAUCAUCCGAAGAGUCAUCGCAGCGAAGCUCAUUCUCGAAAAAUAGACGGCGAGAUGGAAGCACGUCACGGACAAAUUCCAGCAUGCGAACUAGUCGAGUCACAUUCGAUGAACCGGAACGUCCACGAACCAACCCUACAGGGUCUACAAUACACGAGCCACCAGCGUAUGACGACCAGAUGUCAUCUUUACCAUUGCCCCCGCCUCGCUUAUCAGAGUCUUCCCGCUCAACUGCCAGCUCCACCGAUCACUACAUCACAACUACUACUACGCAGACCACCACCACCACCACCACGUUCUUUAGGCUUCCCCGCCGUAAAAAGAAGGAAACUAGUUUAUUCCCAUUCCCAUCAAAGGUAGGACAUGGGGGCCCAAGACCAUCAGUAUCUGAUACAGAUCUUACUCCUAUGGGACGUCCAAUGUCCAUGAUGUCAAAUAGCCAUCCUUCUCCUACGAGGAGCGGCUCACGCGACCAUCAAUUCGCAUCCCAUAUGCUGGCAGCAUCUGGCCUCAAUUUUGCAGGUCCCGGCGGACCGCGUGUCUUACGCUCAAAUUCGACUGCUUCGACCCGCUCAGUUCAAUCGAGCCCCACGUCGCUCACACCGACAAAGAUCACUAAACGUGACCGCAGUUCAACAAUGUCAUCAUUGGAUCGAGUAGAGGGGCGUGGGAGCAUUGGGAGGAAAAGCUUCAGUGGAAUGUUUGGGCGGAUACGAAGGGAUAGCGAACCAAUAUUUGGGAAUGCAAUCAGCAGGAAUGUGUCACCUCAACCAUACAGCUCUGGUCCAACAUCGCUGGCCGUUUCGCAGGAAAUUGUUACUAUUCCAGAGAGGAAUGACGAGGAUACUCCGCAGAUGUAUCUUUCUAAGCUAUUUGAAGCGCUUAGUAAGAGUGUGGUAGCGUCUUUGCUUGCAAGGAAUGGUGAUGUGUUUCAUUCCGCAGUGUUAAAAAGUUACAUGGGAACAUUUGAUUUUUCAUCUACCCCUAUGGAUAUGGCGUUGAGGAAAUUGCUCAUGGAAGUUGAGCUUCCUUCAGAAACCCAACAAAUAGAUCGUGUUCUUCAAGCUUUUGCGGAUAGAUAUCAUGAAUGCAACCCUUUUAUAUAUCAAGAUUCUGACCAAGCGUAUUAUGUUGCGUUCUCGUUGAUAAUGUUGCACACCGAUUUCUUCAACAAAAAUAACAAGCGAAAAAUGCAGAAACAAGACUACAUCAAGAACACCUCUCAGGCAAUAUCAAAUGAGGGUAUCUCUAGUGACAUUCUAGAAUGUUUUUAUCAUAACAUCACUUAUACACCAUUUAUCAGAAUGGAGGAUGAGUUUGAUAUUAACGGGGAGAAAAUUGUGCCACAUAGACCAAAGCGGGGGAUAUUCAACAGGGGAAAUCAGGAUGGGAAGCGACUCAAGGAACCUGUCGAUCCUUACACUUUAAUCAUUGACAAUCAGCUGGAUAUCCUGCGACCAAGUCUGAAAGAUGUAGUGCAGAUUGAAGAUCCGUAUAGUUACACUGGGACAGCAUCGCGCCUGGAGAUGAGUUCAUUACACAGGGCAUUCUUUCGUUCGGGGGUUCUACAGAUCAUGUCUGUACGCUCAAGGCCCGACGCAUUCUUAUCGCCAUCAACUACAGAAAAUCCGGAAGGUGCUGAUCCUGGAGUAGUGGAAAUCAAAGUGACGAAAGUUGGAGUUUUGUGGAGGAAAGAAAUGAAAAAGAAGAAAACAAGGAGUCCAUGGCAUGAGUGGGGUGUUAUUCUGACAGGCUCACAGCUUUACUUUUUCCGGAAUGUUAGUUGGGUCAAGAAUUUAAUGACACAAUAUGAAUCACACCAUAAGCACAACACUGGGACCCCAGUAAUUUUCAAGCCACCACUUGAACAGUUUAAACCUGAUGCACAGAUAUCAACGGAUGAUGCAGUGGCUUUGUUGGAUAAAACUUACAAAAAACAUAAGCACGCAUUUGCUUUUAUUAGGCAUGGUGGUAUGCAGGAGUAUUUUAUUGCGGAUUCUGAGGCAGAGAUGAAUGAUUGGUUGGCAAAGCUGAAUUAUGCAGCGACGUUCCGAACGGCAGGAAUCAGGAUGAGGGGCGUCAUUGGUGGAAACUAUGAGGGGCAGAGGACAAGAGCGAUUAGGAGGGCUGAUGGGGUUCCUGAUACGCCAACAUCCACGCAUUUUGUUCAAACACCCUCUGGAGAAGUUUCCAUUCUCAGAGGAGGGAUAGACACCAAGCUGGCGGCGGAAAUCUCAGCUGCCCGACGAGAGGUAAUUGAGCAUAAGAUCACUGAUUCAGAGGAAAAAUUGGCGACUACAAACCGUCAGCUACAAACACUCUUAAGAAACGCUAGGCAUCUCUCUAUCCUCACACCGAUUCAGCCAAAAACAAGAGAGCAAGCAGUAUUAGCUGCAGGAUCGUUGGCCGCAAAGUUGCAAUGGGUUAGAAUGGAAAUGUGGAAGUUAAGGUGUCAUCGUGAUAUUCUGGCAAUGGAUAUGGACGAAGAGCGGAAAUCGGCGAAGGAACAGAAGAAAAGGAAUCUUGAGAUUAAUACGCCCAGUGCCAGUGCUCAGAACUCACCUGCCGGAUCAAUACGCGAAGCUACACCGCCAACCUCUGGUGCGCCAACCCCUACUCAAGCAAUGUUUACACCACCCAAGGCCGCGGCUUCAAUUGGGGAGGACAUUAUUCAUGUUAUCUCCAACACAUCUAGCACUAAAAAUACAUCUACAGCAUGGGAAUUUCCUCGGAGAGACCCUGAACAGAAUGAAAGAACGUCGUUCUCUUCGAACCUACCUCGCACACCGUCGGUCUCAUCGCUAGGAAACUCGAGGGCGGAUAUUGCGACCACUAGUAAUGAUCAUGCUAGCAUCGAUACUGGACGUAGCUAUCGUUCACCUUCGGUAUCCAGCUUUGGCGGGGAUGCAGAUGCGGACAAGGAUGAGGAGAAAGAUGAGAAGAAAAAGAAGGAGAAGAGCAAAGGAAAAGACAAGGAGUCAGGCAGACCAAAGAUCCGGAAAAGUCUCCACAGAACUCUCAGAGAAACCCAAGGUCUUGGACAUCGUAGAGGUAAAUCAAAGGAUGUCUCUAGUGAGGAUGGUAAUCAGUCCGGGGAGAAAUAUCCCGGCGACACCGAAGGGCUGGCUCGUGGAUCUGGAAGUUUUACAGUUCACGGAAAGAAAGCUAGCGUUAUUACUUUCGGUUCGGAAUGGCAGAAUAUGACUGCAGAGGAUAGACUGAGAAGAAAAAUACCUGGGACAGAAUCAGAUACAGAAUCUGGGCUAGUACCUAACACGGGCUUUAUUAGCCGAAGAAGUUCGCAACAAGUCCAGCCUACUACAGCUCUGAGAGAAGAUAGAGAGGAUACUUUGAUACCGCAACUGCCCGCAACUUUGCCCGCAAGUAGGCGUGGUUCUCACAUUGGUCAUAUAAUGCCAAUGAAAGGGGAGGAUGAUCUUCCAGAUAUGCCAGAUGACCUGAGUGCACCUGGUGCAAAGGAGAAGUUGAUUGCAGCGCUGAACGGGGUGAAAGCGAGUGAGAAUGCACCUGUGGCAUCAGAGACAGACACCCCUGGUACCCCUACAGAGUAA